AUGAGCAAAGUGAAAAGAGUCACGGUCUACAGCGCCUCCACUGAAAACGUCCCGCCCAAGUUCAAACAACAUGCCUACCGUCUCGGCCAGCUCAUGGCUGAGAACGGCUGGGUCCAGUGCAACGGUGGCGGAGACGUCGGUCUCAUGGGCGCCAGCUCCCGCGGCGCACUAGAUGCCGGUGGCGUGGUAGACUGCGUAAUUCUCAAAAUAUUUGUCAACGGACCUAAUCCUUUACCUUUUCGUACCGUCAAGGUAGCCACCACCAUGGCCGACCGAAAGGCGGGCUUACGGGAAAAUGCAGACGCUUUUGUCGCCUUGCCGGGCGGACUGGGCACCUUGGAUGAACUGGCUGAGGUUCUGUGCGCGAGGCAGCUCUCGUUUCAUCAACGCCCUAUCGUACUGGUAAAUACGGACGGCUAUUUCGACGCGCUGUUGCAGUUUAUACGAGAGGGGAUUAGGCAAAAUUUUGUCAGCGAGCACAUUUUGACCGCCAUGGGCGUUGCGGACGCUCCGGAACAAGCUAUCGAGUUCAUCAAGAACUAUCGCCCUUUCAAAAUUGACAAGACCCGCUUGGAGUCUACUGAAAUGAACGCAGCGUCUGCAAACGAAUGA